AUGAAUAGAUCAAGAAGUAUUUCACCAAUUAGAAAUAAAUCACCAGUACGACUAAAUAAUUCACCAUCUAGACUUGUAAAGUUAAAAACUCCACUGCUAAUUCCCAAUGUUCCAGUUAGAUCUGGGUCUCCUGAACGAAGGUUAAAAAUUGAUCAAAUGGAACAAGAUAGGAAAAGAUUAUUAACUGAGGAUAAUAAUAGUCUACUAGAUAAAAAGAAAUCGAAAUUGGUUAAAUUCGAUGAUACUAUUGAAUCAAAUACUGAAGAAAGUGAAAAUACUUUAGGUUUAAUACUUGAUACUUUGAAAAACAUACAGAGUAAAUUGGAUAAUUUAAAUAAUAGAAUGAAAUUGAUAGAGGAAAAACUAGAGAAAAGGUAA